AGAACAGACAGGAGACCAUCACGUUGAGCAAGCACUCCCAUUUAGGGGUAUUUAAGAGGCACCAUCCUAAACACAUCCACAUUCCAACUGAAUAGUCAACAAUUAUCUACCAAAGAUCCACCGGUGAAAACCUGCAACCUUACGGACAGGAUGAAGGUGAAAAUGAUUAUGUUACUUUUUCAAAUCUUGGCGAUUUCAACCCUCAAGUCAGAUUCAGCUGACAUUCCUGAGGGAUACACGCAAGAGAAUGUGGCUUUACGUGGGAAGGCCACUCAGUCGGAUAUUCUGAAAGGGGGAGGGACACCAUUCAGCCUGCCUGGCAAUGCCAUUGAUGGAAACCGAGAUUCUGACUUCUACCAUGGAUCCUGCACCCACACCUCGGGAGGGGCCAACCCCUGGUGGAGGGUGGACCUGCUGCAGGUGUACACAAUCACCUCCGUCACCAUCACCAACAGAGGAGACUGCUGUGGAGAAAGGAUCAGUGGAGCUCGCAUCCUCAUCGGCAAACACCUGAAGAACAACGGAAUCAAUAAUCCACAGUGCAGUGUGAUUGGCUUUAUGGCAGCAGGAGAGACUAGAACCUUCCACUGUCCGCAGCCAAUGAUUGGACGCUACGUCACAGUGUACCUCCCAAAAACAGGAUCCCUUCACCUCUGUGAAGUGGAAGUGAAUGUUUUAUUUCCUGCCCCUUGUUAAGUAGUCGUUUGCAAAUCCCUUUGUAUUUAAACGUGAUUGUUUCUUUAUAGUCAGAUGCAGUGACUCUGAAAUGGGGUAAUGAAAUAAAUUUGACUCUUUUGGGA